AUGACCACCACAGCAGCUCAAGAUACUACCCAAAACCACCUUAAGAACCCUAUGGAUAUUGAAAAACAGAACUCAGGUAGUCCAUCUGCAGUUGAUCCUCCCAAAUCCUUAGGGGCAGGGUCCGCAUUGGCACUUGGGGCGUUCGGUACAACACUGACGACUCUCUCACUGAGUCUGAUGGAGUGGAGAGGCGUCACCACGACAAAUGUCUUUGUUGCGAACUUCUUCUUUAUCGCUGCCUUUGGGCUGGUGGUGACCGCCCAAUGGGAGUUAUCCAUCGGAAAUGGCUUUGCAUACACUGUUUUCAGUGCAUUUGGUGAGCUUCAAAACGAAUCAUGUCUUGGGAUCAGUGAGCUUAUUCUAUUCCUGACAGGCCUCUUCUACGCCGGCUACGGCGCUCUGCUGACUCCCUCCUUCGGAAUAGAACAAGCAUAUGGCAACGACAACGCGCAGUAUAACAAUGCGGUUGGCUUCUUCAUGAUUCUGUGGACAGUCUUCGUGUUCACAUUUUUCAUAGCCUCCCUUCCCACAAAUCUGGCUUACGUUUUAGUUUUCUUUCUCGUUGACCUUGGUUUUCUCAUGGUUGCGGCCAGCUACUUUGCUGAAGCGGACGGCCAUGCUGCUUCUUCUACUGCACUGAAGAAAUCGGGCGGAGCGUUUUGUUUUCUGGCGGGAUUGGUGGGGUGGUAUAUUGUUUUUCAUUUAUUGUUGAAAGAUUCACUUCUGGAGUUACCGUUGGGUGACACUUCGAGGUACUUUGGGAAGAAGAAGGGUGACUAG